UUUUUUCAGAAAGAGUCUCUAUCAGACGUUCAACUUCAUUUGGCAGCUUCGAAUGGAAAUUUACUAUUGUUGAAAAAAAUUUUGGAUAGUGGGAAAGUCCAUGUUGAUUCGAGGGAUAAGGAAGGUACGACCCCCCUCAUUCUAGCGGCUGCCAAUGGUCACUAUGAUUGCGUCGUAGAACUAAUAGAACAGGGUGCUGAUCCUACAACGAAAAGAAUAACAGGUACUACGCCACUGUUUUUCGCUGCCCAAGGGGGGUUCUUAGACGUAGUCAAUCACCUCUUGGAUAAUGGAGCAUCUGUGGAUUCACUCAGUAUUGACGGAGGCAGUCCGUUAUUUGUUGCAUGCCAAUGCGGACACAUGGACGUAGUCAAAGAAUUGAUAAAAAGGGGGGCCAAAGUCAACAAUCACAUGAAGGACAAGGCCUCCCCGCUGUUCAUAGCCGCCCAGAACGGCCACCACAAGGUGCUGGUGCACUUGUUGGCGCAGGGCGCAGAGCCGGACUCGCGCAGGACGGACGGGGCCACCCCUGUGUGGAUCGCCGCCCAGAUGGGUCACGAUCACGUGGUGGGGCAGCUCCUGCGGGCGGGAGCGUAUGUGGACGCGACGAGAAACGAUGGAGCAACUCCACUUUUCAAAGCAGCACAUAAAGGUCAUUCAGCGGUUGUGGGCGAAUUGUUGAAAUACAAACCUUCUUUAGAUAUAUUACCAAAUGGAGAGAGCCCUUUGCACGCUGCAGCUUUCUCCGGCAGUCUCUCGGUUUGCAAGCAGCUGAUAGGGGCGGGAGCGAACCCUAACCUCAAAAACCAAGAGGGGCACACCCCCGCUGAAAUAGCGCAAAGAUUAGGGCACGCCACUGUCCUAGAAUAUUUGAGGAAUUGUGCCAAUCGCGACAAAAAAUGA